AUGGAUCCAUCUGAAAUAUCACCCGAGUACGAACUCACAGUCCGCAACCAUAUUCGCCAGACCUUCCUUCCUUACGUUAGGAAGCACAUUACUAGAGACCAUGUCGCAUAUACUGAGUUUAAGAUCGAGCAGAUAUUUACAGAAUCCCUAGAUUUUGUCCCACUUGCGGACCCUCAUGCGCUCGUGCUACCCCCAGAUCCACUCGAUGCCCUCGCUAAGUAUCUGGAGGAUCUUGACCUCUCCGUUGACGAGCGCUAUACGACAGAUGGAGAAACCGUAAGAAAGCUUAAAUUGACGCUUAAGACUAUUGUGGGCGAAGGCAGGGAACUCCGCAGCGAGACAUGCUGGCAGGAGGACGAUUAUAUGUAUACACACCUCGCAGAUAUAUACAGACCUAUGACGCCCAUCCUUACCAACCGUGCGCGAAAGCAGACCCCAAAACCAGGUUCCAACGUUCUCCGCGCAUCUCUCCCUCGUUCACAGCCUGCGCUAUUCGAGCACAUUGGCGUUAAAUCUAUCAUAGUAGAAAAAAUCGAGGAACCAGAUGUACCUAAUCUCGAGGAGGUUUUAAACCUUCGUCCCACGAUCGACACCACUACUCGCAGCUACAUGCUUUCGCUAUUUAAAUCAGCGAAUCCACCUGCACAAUCAACCGAGACCAACGUGCAUGUCAAUGCUUUCCUGCGCGCCAAUUCUCCACCGCUUCAGAUUCGACGUCCGUUUUCUCCCCCUCUCUUCCCCCGGUCUAGAGCGAGCUCGGGCUCGUUAGGGACAGGUAUCGCGAAUGCAAAGGACAUCGUGGAUAGGCUGAAUACUGACCCCGUACCCGUGCUAGAAGAGCUAGAAGACGAUAUUGACGAAGUCAAUAUGACGAUUGUUGAUGGAUGGGCUAUCCUUCCCAUCUCUUCUCCGCCUUCCGCUUCGCCUCUCUCCUCACAAGACACAGAAAUAGAUGAGCUAUGGGAGGCCUCACCCACUCCAUCUGGCACGCCUGCUACAAGCCUUUUCAACGCUAGAAUGGACGAAGUGGAGAUUCCGCGUAUUCACAAACCAGGAAACGCGCUUCCGUACACCUCCAAACUAAAGGAUCCUAAAAGGCUCAAGUCGCUCCUCGAGCACCUGAAGCCUGUGGCUUCCGCAAAGCCAAAGCAAGACAGCUCUACAACGCCAACGAAAAAGAAUCCCAAAAUUGCGCUUUUACUCUCUUCCCUAAAUGCAGAGGAUGGGAGGAGUCUUGAUGCAGAAGACUCUAUGCUCGGGCAGCCGCCUUCUGUUUGUGCUGUUUCACCCCUGACCUCGUGUGCGACAAGAGACAGAGGAAAAGAGUCGGACCAAGAUUUGGACUUGGAUGACAUCGAAAUCGACGGGGAACGGGAUCUCGACAUGUCUCUCAGGCACAUGUACCGAGAGGUGCAGGAGGAGAACAUCGAGAGGUGCGUUCUGGAGGAGAGGCUGGAUGAGAAGGAUGUUGCACUGAUGGAUGUUCUUACGCCACUUCACCCGGCAGUGCCACACCUUCCCCCGCCCACUGUGCACCCGGGGCCAUCUAUCCGGCCUACAAGUAUGAGAGCCCUCAUACGUGGAGGCAAGGUGAACACGGUCACGAAUGCAAACGUUCCCCGGCACACUACACUGGAAUCCGUAAAGGGCAUUAAGCCGCUCAACCUCGAGUUAUCCUGGAGGCCCUUCAAGUUCACGCCUCCGGUCCCAACCGAUGAAAGCGUGUCUGUUGUCGACGGACUUGCUCUGGAUGACCUCGAGAAGCUGGGCUAUACUGACAAAGCAAGCGUGGCAAAGAUUCGCGGACUGCUCGAAGACCUUGAGGCUGCUUCUAGUCAUUCGGCCAACGUAGCGGGAUGCAAGAACUUAGACGACAGAGACGGCGCUGGAAACUUCGGUCUCUCACCUCCACGCCCGCCCAAGUCCUUUCUACAAGAAGAGGGCUUCGAAUUGGUGUUGACGAAGCGAGAACGAAGACUUCUCGCCGGACUUCCUGAAUUCGAGGAUCCGCAGGAAAAUCGUACUGGAUAUGGCGAGGAUCGUCAGGAACGACAAGAUGAACUCAAAGACGGAGAUGAAGCGUCCCUUGUAACAAAGGACAAUCAACCCACCGAUCACCCUGUCCUAGUCUUUCGUGAUUAUGACGUUCUAGAUGAUGAUCCCGGUGUCAACCACUCCGAUGUUGUGGAUAAUGGCGUUUCUGGUGGUGCUACGUUCGACGAUCCAGGCGUUGUGUUCAAUGAUUCUGGUGUUACGACCCCCAUCCUCCACAACAACGAAGCGGAUUAUCAAGAUCAAGGUGUCCUGAGAUACUUGGGAGCUGCCUACUCACCUGAAGACGUUGAUUACUCCGACGAGGACAACGGGGACGACUUCCACUAUGUCCAACUUCAGGGCCAGCAGCAAGAGAGGGAUCAGCGCCACGAUCAAGGACCAUCCCUCCUUUUAUCGACCCGGCACCAGCACAGCCCAAGCUCAUAUUCGGUCAGGCACCGUCGUCCCCGAGAACAUGACCAAGACCCUGCGGUCACUUUCCACCCUCAAAACAACACAGAAAUCGGGUUUUUUCCACUCUCAUUCGGCUCCCAAAUGGAACGGGCGUCAAGGUAUCCAACUGGGUCAAGUGCAUUGUUGGAUGGCGAUGAGGAACGAAGUGGUAUGUUACCGGAUAACGAACGCCCAAACAACAUCCAAGACAUCUCGGACAAGGACAACCUGGCGAACGUAUCAUCAUUCUUACAGUAUUUUGUACUAUCGGAUCUUAGCGCAACUGCCCCUGCAUCCAAACGCAGACGCCUGGACGACCCCAGCGCUACCACCAUCGCCACACGAGAUUUAGAUGACCACCUGGCACUGCGCAAUAAGCCCGUGACGUACGACCCCCCACCGCCAACAACCCCCGCGACUAUGUUUCCUCAACCUCAGGCUUUGCAGCUUAGCAGCACCUCGCCACCCCGAGCUGCGCCUCCAGAGAUCCUCGACACCCACACCAUCCGUCUCCCCGAUAUCUGGAACCCGCCGACCACAGGCCACUGCUAUCUCGCAAGCAUGGCUCUCAUCCAGAAACGCGCACUUGUCCGGGUCUUGCAAGACCCGGAGUACUGGGUGCACCUCGUGGAGAGAUAUGUGUUGGGUGGAGUGGAUAUUGUGAUGGAUCCAGACACAGCCGUACUGGUUGCGCCGCUGCUGGCGCUUCCUUCCCAGGUCGAAGGACUUGCCGAUCGCAUCUCGGAGGCGUCCUGGCGGUAUACACAUAUACUUGUCAUUCUGGAGGCAUUUCCGAGCGCAAAUGCAUUUACAGCAGAAAACAAUACUAACAGCUCCAAACUAACGCCCUAUGCAUUCUCGCCACCCAUGCUCAAAGCUGUUAAGAAGCUCCGCCGGCUCUUGAGCAUUGCUGAGGGCUGUGGGACGAAGAAUGCAGGGUGCGAGGUUCAAUGGGCGUUCGCCAACGAUGUGGACGAGGCAGCCCUAUUUGUGAGAAUGUUUGGGAACAUGGCUCAGGAACGGGCUUUCCACGGAAGCGAGAAUGCACUUUGGGAAGAUCGAGGGUGGCUACAGGUCGACGAGCAUGAGGACGAAGCGGAUCUUGGAAGUGUGGAAGGCAUGAACCCUUUCGCAGCCUUCGUCAUGCUGUAUCAGAGCUCGUUGCAAGAGAUUCUCGACAUGUCUCCCGACAAGCGUGUGGCAGAAUUUUCUUCUCUGGUGGGAAGCCAGCGGAUAGCUUCUCUAAACGCCAUUAUCGAGCAGCGCACACAGGAGAUGGAUGUAGAUGCGGCUACUGAAUCCGGUAUGGAUUGUGGCGGGAUGGGUGGCGGAAUGAAUGAUUCUGCUCGAUACUGA